AACAGUUCGAAAACUCACCACUUUGUCCUUACCAACAUGAUCCUUGCAGCCCUCCUCUCCUUUCUUCCUCUCUCACUUGCCGCCUCCGGCACCGGCAAGUCCACCCGCUACUGGGACUGCUGCAAGCCAUCCUGCUCCUGGCCCGGCAAAGCCGACGUCUCCAACCCCGUCACCACAUGCGACAAGAACAACAAUCCGUUGACCGACUACAACGCAAAGAGUGGCUGCGACAGCGGGACAUCGUACAUGUGCGCGAGCCAGAUCCCAUGGGCUGUGAACAGCGCGUUGGCGUUUGGGUUCGCGGCGACGGCGAUCAGUGGCCAGACGGAAAGUGAUUGGUGUUGUGCUUGUUAUGCUGUGACAUUCACUUCCGGCAAAGCGAGUGGCAAGACUAUGCUCAUCCAAUCCACCAACACGGGCGGCGACCUCGGCAGCAACCAAAUGGACAUCGCCAUGCCGGGUGGUGGCCUCGGCAUCUUCGACGGCUGUAGCAGCCAGUUCGGCGGCCUAGGCGGAAACCGCUACGGUGGCGUCGCGAACCGCAGCGACUGUGACAGCAUGCCUGAACUGCUUAGACCAGGCUGUUACUGGCGCUUCGACUGGUUCAAUAAUGCAGAUAAUCCCGAUCAUAAGUUUGAGCAGAUUCGUUGCCCAGAUGAACUUGUGAACAAGACGAAUUGCAGGAGGAAGGAUGACGACAAGUUCCCGGUGUAUACGCAAACCGCGACCGUGUGGGCGAGUCCGACACCUAGCUAUACGGCGAAGCAGUGGGAGCAGUGUGAUAGCUUGCUUUGGGAUGCGCAGGCGAAGUGUGCGGAGGGGCAGAAGUGUGUGAAGAUUAACGACUACUACUGGCAGUGCCAGUAAGAGUUUGUACAGGACUGACAACGUGGAACAGUGGACUGGACAGACUGGCUAGAACAUAUUAGCAUGAUCUUGACCUUGUACCUACUCUCCAAAG